UGGCAGCCAGUGGGGUUGGGAAAGAUUGCAAAACUCAUAAAUGAAGGCAAGAUUGAUUCUCAUGAGCUAAUUACAAUGAAAACACUCAAGGAUACAGAAGCAAUAGGAAAACAAAUUAAAGAUGGAGUAAGAUUAAUGGGACGUGGUGCUGACCAGAUCAAGUGGCCAAUUCAUCUUGAGGUAUCAAGGGUCACUGUUAGGGCAAAGGCGGCGGUGGAAGCUGCAGGUGGGUCUGUGAGAAAAGUAUAUUACAACAAGUUGGGCUUCCGGGCAUUGCUUAAACCCGAGUGGUUUGAAAAGAAAGGCAGGUUGUUGCCGAAAGCAGCUAGACCUCCUCCAAAACAAAGGGAUAAAGUUGAUAGCAUCGGCCGCCUUCCAGCCCCAACCAAGCCCAUUCCAUUUUUUAUUGAAGAAAAAGAACCAGCCUCGGGUUCAUUGACUUGAUACACUAGUCCAAAUCAGCUUGUUUCUGUUCAGAAUUUCGCAUUCAUAUGAUGCAGCUCAUUCCCAUAUGAUUUUGCGUUUGCCAAGCUUCGGAACCUGUAGUGACUUACUUUAUCACGAGGGAAUGCUUUUUAAAGGCCCUUGUUAACGAGGAAAGCUUUUGCAAUGCUAUUGGAUCAGUCUCAUUUCUGUCAGAUUUGCAUUUCUAAUUGUUUUCUUUAUCUUCAAGAGGAUGAGGAUGGGGCUCUUUUUUUUUUUUUUGUUGAUCUUUCACUUUGCUAUGAGAUUGACCUCAGUUGGAGGUAAAAUAUAUUAUUUGAAUCAGUAAAUUUAAUGGUUAGUUGCACAAUUUGUAAUCUCGGACUUUGGAUUUUUGGUGAAUAAUGUGAGACUUCGAUAUUGGUAUGUUCUUAAACCCUAUUCUUUGAAUAAUUUGGAGCAUUGUCAACUUGAGUUGUGCAGAAUACACCCAACAGUGGUUG